AACCAUCUCCCAGAAUUAGGCUUUUGGCCAUUGAGGGCAAAUAGGCGUUAUCUUGAUUCUUGAAUAGGUCUGCUCCAGAUAUAGUAAAACCCCAUCUCACUCACCUCUCAAUUACACAUAGCUAUGGGUAUUCUCUCUUGGUGGAAAGGUGCUAAAACCCCCUCAUCUUCGUCCCAAUCCAAACCCGACCCGAACACCCAACACAAACCCGAAGUUCCGGGCAUGAACGGUGCAGUGGAAGUGACCCGACCCGCUCCGGUAUCAGGCAUCACCGUCUUUGAAUUCGGGUCGGUUGCAAAUUCAACUGAUAAGGUUACUCUUGCUGGGUACUGCCCUGUUUCCGAUGAUCUCGAGCCUUGCCGCUGGGAGAUAUUGAAGGCAACUGAUUCGGAGGCGCCGCAGUUUCGUAUUGUCUUUUGAACUGAAUUUGAAUUAGAGUUUGUUUAAGGAAACCCUUUUGUUGGUUUGUUUGAUAUAUGGUUGUAAUUGAGAAUUGGGGUUUUCAUUAUAUGUGUUAUGGAACGAGAAAAUGUUCGGGUUUGUUGGGUGUGUUUAAGAGCUUAAUCGAUUCAUAUAAUAUGAGAAUUUGAUCAAAAUGCAAUGUUUGUUUUGUGUUA